GUCAUUUGUGAAGGGGUGGAGCCGGUGGGGAGGAGGAUCGUCUGGGAAGGACGGCUAAAGACAGGUCUCCCCAAACCGCUCCAGGUGCCACAUUUGCAGCCUGCCUGUCUGUCUGUCGAGAACCUGCUCCCACUUCAGGCCCAGGCCAACCGUGUGCUGCAGAAAUGGGCUCUGAGCUGGAGACUGCCAUGGAAACCCUCAUCAACGUGUUCCAUGCCCAUUCGGGCAAGGAAGGGGACAAAUACAAGCUGAGCAAGAAGGAGCUGAAAGACCUGCUACAAACGGAACUCUCUGGCUUCCUGGAUGUCCAGAAGGAUGCAGAUGCUGUGGACAUGGUAAUGAAGGAACUGGAUGAAAAUGGAGAUGGGGAGGUGGACUUCCAGGAGUAUGUCGUGCUGGUGGCUGCUCUCACGGUGGCUUGUAACAACUUCUUCUGGGAGAACAGUUGAGCACUUGGCCCUAACCGGCAGUGUCCUCCUACUUGACCUGAUCAGACUUCCCCUUUAUCCUGCUUUCUCCUUACCCCAUCUACGCCUCAUGUCCCCAUCCUUGCCCGGUCCCAUACCAAGGGCACAAGAGUGUCGGUCCAGGUCUGCCAUUCACUCUAAUAAAGGCUUCCCUCACUAGCUGUCAA